GGGGCUUGUCGGAGUACGGGUGGGAAAAAAAAAUAAUGACUCUCUCAGCCUCCAGGCUUUACUUCUCCUUUCUCGCGCUGUUCUCUCUCCUCUCCUCAGGUCUCAGGGCAGUAAGCGGUUUACCUGCCCUGUUGAGCACAGGAGCGGUUUACCUGCCCCGCUGAGCGCUUAACGACUGAAACAACACCGUUCAACAAAGGACUCAGGCAGUAGCAUUCUGACGACACAUUUCAUGAGCUGCUGAGGAGCUCCUGAUCUCCAGGGAGCUGCAGACCAAGAGGCAGCCAGAAGAUUCAAGUGCAAGCAAGCAGCCAAAAAUACCAAAGAACAACAAAGAAUUGGAACAUCUGCCUCUUUUUUCUACAAAAGAAUGCUGAUGGUCAUUAUUUUCAUUGCGUCAUCAUUGUGAGCUGUAACUGUGGUGGUAUAACGUUUGAUAUUGGACCGAAAAGGGCAUUUUAUUGGACGUUGGACCAAAAGGAACAGACAAAAACUUUAGCAUUCCAUAUACCUAUCAGUGUUUUGUGUGGCAAAAGAGGACCAAGUAACAAUUGACCAAUGCCUGGACAAAAAAACAACUCAUGCUAACUCCUUGACCUAACAGCUACAUCAUCAAAGCAGAAGUUGGUGUUCCUCUCUGAAUUCUGGGAAACAGAAUGCCAGCCAAGACGCCCAUGUACUUAAAGACAUCAACACCCAAGCGGGGCAAGAAGUUAAAACUGAGGGAUGUUCUGUCUGGGGAUAUGAUUAGCCCUCCACUGGGGGACGUGCGCCACAGCGCCCACGUUGGUCCAGAGGGUGAGGGUGACAUGUUUGGAGAUGUUGGCUUCCUGCAAGGCAAACUGGAUAUGUUGCCUCCUCUAGCCAGACCACCCCACCACCGCUCAAACAGCAUGGACAGGCACCUAGACGACGUGUUCGAUGUGAGCCCCAAAGGCCUAAACCACACAUAUGACACCCAUCGGAAUUCCCAUCACACUUCUCAUCUCAAAAGCACCAUCUCAAUGCCUGUCUUCAUUGCCCCUGAACAGCCUCCUCCUAAACCUCCUCGUCUACAUUUAGAGGAGAACUCCUCCCAUGAGCAGCAGAACCAUCACAACCAGCAGGAGCAGCAGAAGAACCACCACAACCAGCAAGAGCAGCAGAAGAACCACCACAACCAGCAAGAGCAGCAGAUGAACCACCACAACCAGCAGGAGCAGCAGAUGAACCACCACAACCAGCAGGAGCAGCACAAGAACCACCACAAUCAUCAGCAGCGCUCCAUGUCCGUAUGUGAGGAAGUGAUGGGCCGCUGCAGGGAACCCUGUAAUGACCUCGCUCUUUCAGCUUCUAUCCCUAUCCUCAGACACCUGGUUCCAUCCAAUGGCUCUUUUUCUGAGGCCUCUUCAGACGACUCCAUGUCUGAGGGCUGCGGGCCGCUGGACCCGAGCAGAGGUCUGAGCCUGGACUCUGACGCCGGCCUGAGCAACGAGGACCUGCGAAGUGACCGCAGCGAAUCGCCUGCACUCUCUCCGAGCAUGUCCCGCUCUGAGUCCCUUGCAGGCCUAGACCUGGACCUUGGACCGUCCAUCCUGGAGGACGUUCUCAGGAUCAUGGACCGUUACAAGAGCGUGGAGGAGAGGUGUGAGCUGUGAGUCAGCAAAAUGCUAUUAGACCAGGGAUGUCCAGAGGUGUUUAAUUCCAGUCCGGAAGGGCUGGGGUCCAUAAAGGCUGGAGUUUCCCUGCAAGUGGACUCAUUUUUAAACAGAUGGUUUCAGUGAACCACAGAGAUUAUGACAUGUCAUUGGUCAUAAACAAAGAUUAAUUAUGACUGCAUCUGUUCCUGUAUUACAACACCUCUGAACUGGAGAUUCGAUUUUAUGUUUGUUUGUUUUGUCCUUUAUUACACAUAAAAUACAAACAGCAUAUUGGAGGUAAAGGAACUGAGAUUUUGACAUAUUUACAUAGGUUGCCUAUGUACACAUGGGCUUUAGUCCACCAAAUUGUGCUGGACUGAGGUCUUACAGGACUGGAGCUUUGCUUAGAAAAUAUAAUGAGGUCAUCAUUGCAUGACCUUGCACUUGUCGAGUGCUAGUUCUCCAGAGACACUGUAAAAACUGGUUUGAACAAUCUUUACAUUUCAGAGGAGGUGAAACAGCGAUCUCGUCAUCACCAGCUAACUCAUUUGCAAACAGAUGGUUUCUCUUUUCAAUGAAUCAAGAGAUUAUGACUCAUUGAUAGUGAACAAAUGAGAGUUAUAACUACAUCUGUUUCUGUAUUACAGGCCAUGUGAACUGGAAAUGCAGAAUAUUUAAGAGAUUUAAUGUAUUCUUUGUUUUGUACUUUAUUACACUCAAAAUACAAACAACAUAUUGAAGGUAAAGGGACUGAGAUUUUGGCUGCCUUAUAUAGGUUGUCAUUUUGAGUACACUAGCAAAAACCAGCCAAAUCCAUAGAAGUGAAAUUCAGACAGCUUGCUUGUUACUUUCAGCACAAUAUAUGGUUGAAACUAGAUCUUGAUCACUAUUAAUAAGUUACCUACAAAUUCAAAAGUAAAGCUCAUUAUUAUGGGAGGCCCAUUUUUAUCUUGGGGUAUUAUUAUUAUCACAACCAUAAAUUCCAUCACUGAUAUGUAUUAUAAUGUGAGAUAUGGAUUUAAAAUGAUUAUGUAAAUAAAAUGUUAUAAACCUC